ACCGAGCAUUGCAAUUUGGUAACUAACGACACGAUGACGUUGCUUCUGUGUAGAUAGGUUUUCUUUCCUCCAUUCCACAUUAAUUUUCCGUACUUGAUACGUCUUCGGUAGUUCAUUAGCGCAUCCAUGACCAAUAAAAGUUCGAUCAUGACACAAGGGCAGAAGAAUGUAGACGCGCCUCGUCUCGUUGCGUGCGUCGAGGACGCGCGUAAAGCAGGCGAAGGGCUACUGGAGGACUCUAGUUCAUACUCGAAGUGGACCAGCACGGAUUUUCUGGCGAAUUGUAGGACUUUUUCCAGCUGUACGCCAUCUUUCGAGGAUGCAUCACAGGUUUGGGCGUUUCUAGAGGAUAGCGCCAAGAGCGGCAGGCAUUGGCGGAAAAGACUGGCUGCGUCAUCGGAGACGAGCAAAAAGCCUGAGGAGCAAGCUCUGGGUAGCACAUCAACUACAAAGACUGGAGAUACUGUGCAAAAGCGUGGUGCCUCCAAGGUGUCCUCCAAUGCGGAAUACACGCCAAGUUCAUCUUCUGCUAGUCGUGCCAAGAAUCUAAAAGCGAAGUCAAAAAAGGCCGGUGCCCGUGGUACCAGUGUCACUGAAGAGGAAGCAGCUUUUUCUUUGCUCCGAAGUGACCCUGAGCUAGACGCGGUGUUAGAGCGAGAGGCUAAAAGGAGAAAGAAAGAUCAUGACUCGUCUGCCAAGACCGCUCUAGCGAAAAAAGAACGGCUUUUGCCUCUCGAUGGCGAGAGUGACGAAGACAGCGACGAGGAAGGCAAGGAGAAAUUAGCUGAUGAGCUUGCAGAUGAAAAGCUCCUAGGUAUAAGCAAGGGCGGAAAUAAGACUAAAACAUCUUCAAAAGAUAAUUCCAACAGUUCAAAACCUCGUUUUUUCGGUGAGAUGGCAGAUGAUGGUGAGGAUGAGCACGCAGCUGCUGCUCGCCGCACCAAGCGUUCCGUAGUUGAUGACGACUUUUUUUCACUCGCGGAGAUGCACAAGUUUGCUGAGGAGGGUGAGAAAGCGUGGGAGCGCAUGCAAAAGAGCGGCGACGAUGACGACUCAGCGGGCGAUGAUAUUUACAACGUCUUCUUCUCCAACGAUGUUGGCGAGGGAGACGACAUCAUGUUUGACGACUUUUUUGGUCCCGCUGACAAAGCAGCUGCACUUGAAAAUGUUGAUGGGGGUUCUUCGACUUCUGCCUCGACGAGACGACGAACUAGCGAAAGCAAGAACAAAGAGGCCGAGCGACAAACGAGCGGAAACGAUGCUGCUACGACACUAGCCGAAAAGAAGAAGGAGGCCCUGUUAGCAGAGAUUCGCAAAAAUGAGGCUGACUUUCUAGCAGAUGAAGAUGACGAAGAAGAAGAGGAAGAUGAAGUUGAUCUCUCAGCAGAAGAGGAUGACGAUGAUGAAAAGCAGGGUUCCAGGUCUACUGCUGAUGUGGAUGAAGAGGAUGACUCCGAAGAGGAAGACGAGCUCAUUAGAAUGCGACGCGAACGCAAAGCGAUGGACCAGGACCAAAACAAGACGAGCGAGAACGAAAAGAAGAAAGAGAAGAAAUCGUCUACCAAGAAUUCUACAACCUCUGACCACGACUCACAGGACCACGAAGCGGACGACGAUGAUGUUGCUGGAAUGGAUAGUGAAGACGAGGGUUCCUCUUCCUGUAGUUGGGAGAAGGACGACGAAGACGCGGGAAGGGCCCUGCCGUUUUCUGGUUUCGACUCGGAUGGUGAGGACUGCAACCUGUCGGAUUUGGACGAUCCUGAAGAGCGACAGCUGGAACUAGCGUUGAGGCAUGUGGGUCGCACGCCAGCCUACUAUGCGGGCGGAAAAGUCGAGGACGCGCCUGGCUCGGACGAAGAGACAGCCGAAGAGGACGAGGACGACCAGGCCUUUGGCAUGAAGGAUAUGGAGGAUGACGACGAAGAGUCCUCAGAGUAUGGCGCAGACUACAGAAACAAGAGCAAAAACGACGGUAGUGAAGAGGAAGAAGAAGAAGAAGAUGACGAAGAUGUGGAGGACAUCAACGCAGCAGCAGAUGCCGGCGACGACUUGCAACCUAGCGCUUCGUCAAACAAAACGAGCAAAACGGAGAGGAAAAAGACGGCGAAAGAAUCCUUGUUGGCUAAAGACCGACGCAUCCGGGAGAUGGAGGAGGAGGUAGAUCGCCUCGAACAAGAAGCUCUAUCGCAAAAGCAUUGGUCCUUGGGUGGUGAGGUCUCAGGCAAACAGCGUGACCGCAAUUCGCUACUGGAGCUGCAUCUCGAUCUCCCCAUGACGCACUUCCAAUCGAAACGUAUAUUAGAAAUUCUCUACUUUUUGAGUGCGUCCCUCAAAUGUUUGAAGAUUCUUUUAUCCCUCUGAAGACACUGAAUGCAAGUUGAUAUUCAUUAGGUCUUGAUGAUUUACCAGUUGUACCCUUUCUUGAUGUUUACUUUUUCAAUUGAAACCAACACCAAACCUUUACCUGAAACCAAACAAUAAGAGUUACAUUAUGCGCACUGUCUUCCUUUUUCCAUCUCGAUCUUAGGCACUUUGGACGCAGCCAUCGCCUCCGGACAGCAGGUUGACGAUGAGGAAAGCGACGAGGAAGGUAACAAGCCCCAAGCUUUCGAUAUUGAGCAGAUCACGCGACAACGUAUUGCCGAUAAUCUCUUCGAUGAUGUAGUCCGCAAAGCCGACACACGUCCUAGUGUUGCGAAGAAAAAAGGUGAAAACGAUGAAGAAGUCCUCAAUUUUGCGAAGUCGCGAGUGGGAUUAGGCGACAUCUAUGCACAACAGUACGAAGAGGAGGUCUUCGGGCAGGGUUCGAAACAAGACGAGAAGAUCUCCAGGGAAAAACAGAUCUGCAAGGAACUCUUCGGCAAGGUAAAAUUCUACUUCUGCCACGUAUUUACUAGAACAUGAACGCUUGUUUUUUGAUUGCUUAGGGAGUUUCUGGUUUUGAGUGUUCAUUUUUCUUCCUUUAGCUGAGCCACGUAUUUUAUCGGGCUAGCACUCACCUUCAUUUAUACUAUAAUAAACUUAAGAGUAAGUAGACAAAUGGUUUUUCUCCACACCUUAAACAGCUGAUGUACAAGUUGGACCAGCUGUGCAACGCGCACUUCACGCCGAAGCCGAUGACGAUCGCAGGGGCGUCUAGCAAUUCAGUGGCAAGUAUCCAGAUGGAGGAGGCGGUGCCUAUCGCAAUGUCCGCCUCGACACAAGCAGCACCCUCAGAGAUCAAGGCUGCAGACAAAUUGAAGGUGAUUAUACUUGUCAUAAUCUGAAUAUUUGUACUAGUUCUGUUGGGAACAACUUUCAGUGAAUUUUCUUGAUGGGGCUGUAGCGGAUUUAACGUGAUACAGCGAUACAUUAUUCAAAAAUAUCUACAAAUCGAACCUAAAUAUUAUCGAUCUGUGCAAUAGGUCCAUUCCGAGCUUGACCGCGAGGAGCUAACCGCGGUGCGCAGAAAGCAGAAGGAGUCCCGGCGCAAGCGCAUGGAGGGCGAACUUCGAGAGGGCACGAAGACAGUGGGCGACUUAGCGAAGCGACAAACCGCACUUGCAAAGCAGAACAAGGUUGCAAAGGAAAAGAAGCAGCUCAAGGGCGUGCCGAAAGAGCGAAAGAAGAAACUCAAAAACACAGAACUAUUGCAAAUGGCCGCUGACAAGGCAGGAACGCAAGUGAGCAGAAAAGCAGAAAUGAAGAAGUGGAGAAAGGAACAAGCGGGGGCAGCGCAGGGGAAAGAGAAGGGGAAGUUUUAGAACAUACGACCGUUGGGUAUAACCUAAGGUUCGGAGAAACCUGACAACUCAGGUUCGUUCACGUUUAUCUAGUACCCAUCUCAUGCUCAGAAGAAACAUCUUUGUUACCCACGAUAUCAAUAUGCUCACAUCUGAUUUGUUUUUCAUUCUUCGGAAAACGACAUAUUUUUACACAUACUGCUGGUACUCCCA